GUUCACACUUGAUACAGACCCAAAAGAGCAAUCAAAAUGGAAAAAACUCUAUUUCCCUUUGUCAUUCCAUUCACAUGCCUUUCCUACUUUAUCCUCCUAUCAGCCCUGGCGAGUGGUUCGGAAACGAAGCUGAGUUAUGUAACUCGAGAGCUGCUGGAGUCGGCGAGAGAGCCCGAGUUUUUCAAUUGGCUAAAAAGGGUUAGGAGGAGAAUUCAUGAGUACCCAGAGCUGGCUUUUGAAGAAUACAACACGAGUGAAGUCAUAAGAUCGGAGCUUGACUCACUUGGAAUUAAGUACAUUUGGCCUAUAGCGAAGACUGGAGGGGUGGGUUCAGUUGGGUCAGGGUUGGAGACAUGGUUCGGUCUUAGAGCAGACAUGGACGCCCUUCCUAUUCAGAUUGCAUUUUCUGAUAUCAAUUCUGAAGGGUCUGUCAAGCUUGUCUUCCAACCUGCGGAAGAAGGUGGUGGUGGCGCUUACCAUAUGUUGAAAGAAGGAGCUCUUGAUAAGUUCCAAGCCAUUUUUGGACUCCAUGUUGAACCAGAAUUGCCUGUUGGUUCAAUUGCUUCUAGACCUGGUACAUUGGCUGCUGGUUCUGCAAGAUUCUUAGCUGUUAUUAAAGGGAAGGGAGGACAUGCUGCACUACCUCAAGAUACGAGAGAUCCUGUUCUUGCUACAUCCUUCGCCAUCCUCGCACUUCAACAAUUAAUUUCUCGAGAGACAGAUCCUCUUGAGGCCAGGGUACUCUCACUGGGAUUUAUUGAGGCAGGCCAAGCUGGGAAUGUAAUCCCAGAGAAAGUGAGAUUUGGAGGUACAAUUCGGAGCAUAACAACUGAAGGUCUAUCCUAUCUUCAACAAAGAAUAAAGGAGGUUGUGGAGAAUCAAGCAGCUGUUCAUCAAUGCAGUGCUUCAGUAGACUUCAUGGAAGAAACAAUGAGGCCAUAUCCAGCCACAGUAAAUGAUGAAGCUAUGUAUGAACAUGCCAAGCAAGUUGGGGAAGCUUUGCUUGGUGAAUCCAACGUGCAAGUUGCAGCCCCCAUUAUGGCGGCAGAGGAUUUCAGCUUUUAUGCACAGAAGAUGAAAGCUGCAUUUUUUCAAAUCGGCGUACAAAAUAAAAAUGAAAAAUCAUUUAAGAGACUGCAUACACCAUUUUUUUUUCUCGAUGAGGAAGUCCUUCCUAUUGGAGCUGCUCUCCAUGCUGCAGUUGCCAUUUCUUACUUGGAUAACAGUGCUGUUGAGACACACUAGGACCUGCUUCUUAUGUUCACUCACCCCUUGUGUGACUAGAAAAAUAAAAAUCCAAUGCAUUUCUAUUGUCGUUUAUUUUCA